CCAAGUUCCAAGAACCAAUCACAAAGCAUAUUAUUCACCGUCAAGCUCAAUCAGAGAAAGAUCAAAGCUUAAAACUUUUUUUCCGGAAAAGUUAAAGAGAGAAAAAAGAAUCAAUCUUUUUGCUUGACGAUUGUUACUCUCAGUGGAAAGGACGAUGAAUCUGUUGGCCUUCGUCGUUGGAUUUGGAAUCAUGGGUAUUGUUAUGGUAGAUGGGCUAGGUGUCAACUGGGGAACAAUGGCUACACAUAAGCUUCCACCAAAGAAAGUGGUUCAAAUGCUUAAGGACAAUAACAUUAACAAAGUUAAGCUUUUUGAUGCGGAUGAGACCACUAUGAGUGCACUUUCUGGCUCUGGUCUUGAAGUUAUGGUUGCUAUUCCUAAUGAUCAGCUUAAGGUUAUGGGAAGUUAUGACCGAGCUAAAGAUUGGGUUCAUAAGAAUGUCACUCGUUAUAACUUCAAUGGUGGUGUCAAUAUCACGUUUGUAGCUGUUGGAAAUGAGCCAUUCCUCAAAUCAUACAAUGGAUCAUUUAUAAACCUCACAUUCCCUGCACUUCAAAACAUCCAAAACGCUUUGAAUGAAGCUGGACUAGGAAGCUCCGUCAAAGCGACAGUCCCUUUAAACGCGGAUGUCUACGAUUCACCAUCAAGCAACCCUGUGCCAUCUGCAGGAAGAUUCCGUCCUGAUAUCAUCGGUCAAAUGACUCAGAUUGUUGACUUUCUUGGCAAUAACAGUGCACCCAUCACCAUUAACAUCUACCCUUUCUUAAGCCUCUAUGGGAAUGAUGAUUUUCCACUCAAUUACGCCUUCUUUGAUGGUGCUAAACCAGUAGAUGACAAUGGUAUUGCUUACACAAACGUUUUCGAUGCCAAUUUCGACACUUUGGUAUCGGCUUUGAAAGCUGUUGGUCAUGGAGAUAUGCCAAUCAUCGUUGGAGAAGUCGGUUGGCCAACAGAGGGUGACAAACACGCAAAUAGUGGCAGUGCUUACAGAUUCUACAACGGUCUUUUACCAAGGCUUGGGGAAAACAGAGGCACUCCACUGAGACCAACCUACAUUGAGGUAUACUUGUUUGGAUUACUUGAUGAGGAUGCGAAAAGUAUAGCACCGGGAGAGUUUGAACGCCACUGGGGAAUAUUCAAAUUCGACGGGCAACCAAAGUUUCCUAUAGAUCUAUCAGGUCAAGGACAGAACAAGUUGUUGAUUGGUGCCGAGAACGUGACGUAUCAACCUAAGAAGUGGUGUAUGUUUAAUACAGAAGCCAAAGAUUUGACAAAACUCGCUGCUAACAUAGAUUACGCCUGCACUUUUUCGGAUUGCACUGCGCUUGGUUACGGGUCUUCUUGCAAUACUCUUGAUGCAAAUGGGAACGCUUCAUAUGCGUUUAACAUGUAUUUUCAAGUAAAGAACCAGGAUGAGGAUGCUUGUAUCUUCCAAGGUUUGGCCACCAUUACCACAAAGAAUAUAUCUCAGGGACAAUGCAAUUUCCCUAUUCAGAUUGUUGCUUCCACAGCUUCUUCAUUUUCUUCUUCUUUGGUUUUGUUGAUCGCUGGAGUUUGGUUUCUCUUAUCAGGAGUGAUGUUUGAGGUUUAGAUUAGUGAUGUUUUUGAGGACUUAUUUUUGUGGAUAUGGAAACUAUAUGUUUUGUCCAUGUAUUAAAUUGCAUAAUAUGGUAAAAU